ACAACAAUGAUAUCUCGACUUGUAGACCGUUUUAAUAACAGAAUAUCUCGAAAUCUUUCGCCAACAAACAAUGUUGAAGCACGAUACACAACUUUACCCGAAGAGGCCGUUGAAUUGCAGCUCCUUACGGCUGAUGAGCAAUCGGACGGUAAUACGUUUACACCAGAUGAAGCCAUAUCUCACAUUGGUUUUGGUUGGUUUCAUGUAAAACUUGUAGUUGUUUUAGGCUUAGUGUGGAUGGUCGAAGGUAUGGAAAUAUUUGUAAUGUCAGUGUUGGCCCCCUACCUAAGAUGCUACUGGGGGUUAAGUUAUCUUGAAGAGACCUUAUUACCUAUCUUAACAUCUGUUGGUAUGAUGAUUUCAUCACCAUUCUGGGGUUGGAUUUGUGAUAUAUAUGGACGUAAAAAAGGACUGUACAUUAGCUCGUUCUGGUUUAUAUAUUUUGCAUUUCUUAGCACAUUUGCUCCCAACUACAUAUGGUUGUUGUUUCUUCGAUUUCUUGUUGGUGUUGGAAUUGGCUCAUUGCCUCAGGUAUCAACCAUCCUAGCAGAAUACACUCCUGCAAAGGCUCGUGGGAAAGUUCUAACAUUCAUCACCUUAUUCUGGUCUGUUGGUUUUAUAUUUGCCGCGACUCUGUCAUUGUGGCUUAUGAUUGACUAUGGAUUUCGUGUGUUGCUUGGUGCCCUUUGCACACCUGGCUUGCUAUUUUUGUUUUGUUUCUAUUGGAUGCCAGAGUCAUUUCGUUUCUAUGCAGCAUCCGGUCAAGCUGAUAAAGCAUUAGAAAUGCUCAAACAUAUUGCUAAGGACAAUCGCUCUAGUUUACCCACUGGUACCCUUAAAGUGUCGCCACCAAUGAAAAACCGUGGAAAUCUGAAAGAUUUGACCUUCUCAAGUUAUUUUCGAAUGACAGUGACGUUGUGGGUUAUCUGGUUCAUCAGCAUCAUGAUGUACUAUUCCUCAGUUUAUGUGACUACAGAAAUAUUUGACAAGUACAAAGAUAACAUUUGUGUUGCACCUUCAUCUCAUUCCAUGACAUGUAGUUGCAGAGUUUUCUCACGCAAGGACUACAUUGACAUAAUUUGGACAUCGUUUGGUGAAUUUCCAGGUGUUAUUCUAACUCUCGUUGUCAUUGAUUGGCUGGGCAGGAAGCGUACAAUGUAUGUUUUGGCAUUUGUGGCUAUAAUAUUCCAGAGUUUACUCUUCUUGUGUCUUGAUCGAACACAAGCAACUAUAGUCCUUAUGAUUAUAAGAUGUAUUCUUGUUGGAUAUUCAGCUGUUGUGUUUGUAUAUACUCCAGAGGCAUAUCCCACAUCAAUCCGUGCCAUGGGGAUGGGCUCAGGUUAUGUGUUUGGUCGCAUUGGCAUGCUUGCUGCACCAUUUGUCGCAGAAGCAUUGUUUCACAUCUCCUUCCAAAUUACCAAAUUCUUCUUUAUUUCCUCUUUGAUUAUUGGAUUUUUUGCAGCACUUGCCUUACCAUAUGACACUAAGGGUAAAAUAUUGGUGUAAAUGCUUAUGAAUGUUAUGCUUUACAGUAAAGCACCAAGGCCUAAGUAUAUCUCUUCAAUUUUGCAUGUUAGGCACUGUUUUUAAAUAAUUUAUUUUGCGUAUUGUGCAAGGUUUCGCACUUAAAUAAUUAACAUAAUUUAAAUGGUGAAAUUUCAAUGUCAGAUUUUCUGAA